GCCGACGACGUUGCUCACUGACCAGCGACCGAACCUCUUAUCCUCCGCCUUUCUUUCCAUCUCCAACUUAUUCGUGUAUCAAGAUGUCUGAUUUGUGUCCAGUAUACGCGCCAUUCUUCGGUGCUAUGGGUUGCACCAGUGCCAUUGUCUUCACUUGCAUCGGAGCCAGUUAUGGUACUGCCAAGUCAGGAGUUGGCAUUUCUGCCAUGUCCGUGCUUAGACCUGACCUGAUGAUGAAGUGUGUUGUGCCCGUUAUCAUGGCUGGUAUUAUCGCUAUCUACGGUCUCGUCGUUUCCGUCCUCAUUUCCGGUGACCUUCAAAUGGAGAUGACGCUGUUCCAAGGCUUCAUUCAACUUGGUGCCGGUCUCUCUGUCGGUCUCGCUGGUCUUGCUGCAGGUUUCGCUAUUGGUAUCGUCGGUGAUGCUGGUGUACGAGGAACUGCACAACAACCGAGGUUGUUCGUCGGCAUGAUUUUGAUCCUCAUUUUCGCCGAAGUCUUGGGUCUUUAUGGCCUCAUCGUUGCACUCAUCAUGAACUCAAGAGCUUCAAACUUGGUCGGCGUUGUAGGUAGUCCUACACGUUAUAGGUUUCACCGUGCUCAUACAAGUGUAUUUACAGUGCAGCGCAUAAGACCUUAUCGUCAAAGGAAGCAGACCCCUCAUGCAAGGGAAAGACGUCUUUCCUGGGUCAAUGCAGCGAUUGGACUUUGCUAUACUUUUCGGUAUCUAAUCAUAUCAUGCCCUCUCGGAAUUUCAGUCUUUUCGAUCAUUUCAAUGCAUCACUGCUUCUUUGUGGUACAUGUAAUACCUCUUUUGCACCUCUGUCAAUAUACACUUUUCGGCAUUGACCAUCUGCACGAUAUCGGCAACUGGGUCCGUCAGGUACAUACCUUCGCGGACUUCACGGCAGCUUGAGUUCCGAUUGGAUGAUCUGCUCCAGCCUGCCUGCUACAUUCCAUACGCCUGCACGGGUGCUGUAUGUACCCCAUUGUUCAGCCAGUAGUAGCAGUAGUUAGUACGGCCGUGC